CCACUGUAUUCAAUAUUGUUGAGUAGAAUUGUUUUUGUAUUGAGUAGAAUUAAAAAAUAUAUAUAUUUACUUGAUACAAAUAUGAUGAUCUGAUUAAUCUGUUUGCGUGCUUGUAUGCCCCUGUUUUAUUUUAUCUCAUAUUUCUUUUAUCUUUGAUGCUAUUUCAGGAGCUGAACCUAUCCUACCAAGACCUGGGAGAUCCAUACCAGCUGGAGAACUUCACUCGGAUUCUGAGGAGACUGAUCCGUGUUGAGAGGCUGCAGCUGGUGGACAACUGUCUCAGAGACCUGAGCUCUGUCCGUCUGCCAAGGUACAGAAGGUCAUGCAGUGUUGUAGUUCCCCAAAUUUCCCUCAGAUGAUUCUCUCCAUGACUCCCUUGUGGAGUAAUGGUCAUCUUGUCUUUCAUGUUUUUUUUUUUAAACAUGAAACCUGAAAAUAUACCCAUGAUUCUGUGGUUUAGAUGCAAAUACCUGAAUUUGCACCGCAACCACUUGACAUCCAUCCGCCAGCUGCCAAAGAUGCCUCAGAUCCAGCACCUGUGUCUGUCUGAGAACGGCAUCGGGACCCUGGGGGAGCUGGCCAUGCUGGGCGCCACUCCGCUGCAGUCCCUCACCCUGCGCCACAACCCCUGUGAGUUCCUGGAGGACUACCGACCACGCGUUUUCUCCUGCUUGCCAAAACUCCGUGUUCUGGACGGAAUCCCAAAGCUGCCAGAAGAUUCCGUGCCGUCUCACAUUUCUGCAGCAUCAAGACUGUGCACCAUUUUGUGACACUCUGGGAUGUGAACUCACUGUGAAGAAGCAAGAAAAUGCUCCAUACCUCUUUGGACAAAACCAGGAAAAGCCAUCAAAGUGUACAAAGUUUUAUAUACAGUAUUAUGUUCAUAGAAUAAAAAAUACAUUUUUAUAAAAGCUGAAUGUCUGAUUCCAUUAUUUCAUUACCCAGAUAGAAUUGCUAGAUUCCACUGAUAAUCCACUUAUCAAUUUUUCAAUAGUUGAACUAGACAGCCUCCUCUACUCUCAUAUACUCACCCAGUAACCAAAGACAGUACGUUUUUAAUACUAUCCUCUCUGUAACUCGCGGUAACUUCAGAAUACGGGCAUGUGGACCGUAGAGGGAAUCCGGUGCCUUCUUUCUUGUAUUAUUCAGUUAAUUUGCUUGCUGAUUAGUCAUAUAGUGUGACUUGUUUGGG